AUGGAUCGAUACAUGGGAUCCACGAUGUUUUGCAAGGAGUGCAUGGCGGAGAGCGAUAUUUACGUCGAUCCUCGCGCCGGAGAGAUCAUCUGCCGGACGUGCGCGGUUGUUAUCGGCGAGCGAUGCAUCGAUGACGGGGCCGAGUGGCAGACAUACGCUGAAGACAGCAAUAAUGGCAGGGCUGACCCGAACCGUUGCGGUGACGCUGCAAGCCCUCUCCUGUCGGCGAAGUCGGGCAUGAACACCCUUAUCGAGGGCGGGCAAGACUCGAAGCUGACGGCGAAGCUGCAGAAGCUGCAGGGCAUGGCCGUGAAGGAGUCUGCGUCGGAGAGGGCUCUCAAGAUGGACUUCUUCGGCAAAGUGCGCGAGUUCGGGAACAGGCUGGGCCUCACGCACGCCAUGCAGGAGCACGCGUGCCUGUUGCUGCGGAAGGCGGAGGACAGCGGUUUGUUCAAGGUCAAGAAGGCCGAGCGAGGCGUAGCCAUCUGCGUGGCGGUGACACUUCUCACGUGUCGGCAGUGGCGACGGGGUCAGACCAUGAAGGAGAUGUCCACCAUGUUCAACGUGUCGCUCAAAGCCCUCAACAAAGCGGUCAAGAAACUGAGCAACUUGGAGAUCGAAAAGGCGCCGUCGCUCCGGGGGGAGCACCACAUCCCGCCGCUCUGCGACAAGCUGGGGCUUCCGCCGUUCGUGUCGGUGGCGGCCAGGCACACGGCGCAGCAGGCGAGCAGAUCAAAGAAGGCGAGAAAAACGCAGCAGGCGGUGGUGGAGGGGGAGACGUGGGAUGUUGGGCCGGCGGCGGUGUCGGAGGCGGGGGGGACGACGGUGAUGGCGAUGAAGCGGCCGUUCCGGGCGAUGUACGAGCAGCGGGGGCGCCUGUUCACGGUGGAGUUCCUGCAGAGGCGCGCGGCCAAGGAGGUGACGCUGGAGACGCUCAAGCCUAUCCUGGUGUGAUUGGUCGACGGUGAGGAGGCGUCGCACCUGUUGGGGGAGAGAAGGAGUUCUCGCGAUGUUGUCCCUUUUCGUCUUGGCGGCGAGACUGGUAACACGAAGGGGGGGCGAGGGUGACAAGAGCUUGCUCUUUUUACUCUGUAUUGAGGGAACGUGCUUCUUGUGGACGUCAAAAGGCGGGUAAAGCUGUCUGCUUUGUGUUAAUUUCCCCCUUGUUAUUUCUCCUUGAAUUUUAGAGAAACGGAGGUCGCCGGUCUACGGCUCUCGAGGGACGAUCUGGCAGGUGGUAGUGAGUUGAAGCGGUUCAGUGGCCCCCAGUCCCCCUUUCUCCUAUCUUUGUAGGGGAUACAUCAGAUGGUUCGUCGGGGUGGGGUAGGGGAGGGGUAGCGAUUCUCGGAAUUUUGUGAUUGCUCGUGAGACCUUCAGGCCGGAAGGCAGGCAGAGUAAUCACUCAGCGCCGCGCCCCCUCCCACUCCUUCCACAACGAAAAAGUUUGACCGUUUUUGUUUGUUUGUUGCCCUAGAGGUAACAUUGUUUCGGUGGACUUGAGGUGUUGGGCGCUGGAUGGGGUAAUGGGGGAUGAGGACCGCUUUUUAGGUCCCGGGGUGGGUGGGGAGGGAUUGAAACAUGUCGGCGUUGGCUGCUGAUGCUGCUGCUGCUGCUGCUGUCGUUAGAGUACGAACCGGGUUCGAAAAGAGAGAGGCUUGUACACUAUGAUAGGAGGAGGUUGGGAGGGACAGUUGCAUAUAGCUCGUCCGCUGUGUCAAAAAAGCAGCGGCGGCGGCGUCCCUCCUUUCUCCUGGCCCCACCCUCUCUCUUCGUUCCGUUGGUCUUGGAGGUGACUCCGUAGAGUCCUUUCGAGGUGUAUCCAACCCGCCCCCCCCCCCCUCUCCCUGCCUCCUCCUUUGUUCUCAUGGCUUGUCCUUGGCCUGAAAAUAGAGAGUGUUGCAUAGUGUCCGAAAGAGGUGCGACACACCAGACAAGGCGGAGAAAUGUUUCCCAUUCACAUGCAUGUAAUAGUUGUCUGUGGUGUGUGGGUUAUUGCAUGUGUGUGUUUAAGUGUCUCUACUGCUAUGUGCGUUUUUUUGUCUGGUGCGGUGAGUGUGUACAAAACGAAAAAAGUUAAAAAAUUGUUGUUGUUCCGCCUAGAAGGUAACUCGAUUUACCCUUUGCCCUAUGCGGUUCACGCGAUGUACGCAUUUUAUUGAAAAAUGAGCAUUUCAGAAUGCUUUC